GUAUAAUCGUGCUGUACUGAUUGACUGAUUCGUUUCUAUCGAAUUUCAUUAGGCCCAAAUUUUUACUUAUUAAGGUUUUCAUAUGAUUCUUUAUUAGUUAAGAGUAUGCUAACAUUUCGUACUAGUUAAGUAAUUUUAAGUUUCUUGACUAUGGCCUUUUCUAGCGAUGAACUGAAUUUUCUUGUUUACCGAUAUCUACAGGAAUCUGGUUUUCAACAUUCCGCUUAUACAUUUGGUAUUGAAUCACACAUCUCUCAAUCCAACAUAAAUGGUGCAUUAGUUCCACCAGCAGCUUUAAUUAGUAUUAUACAGAAAGGUUUGCAUUAUACUGAAGCUGAAAUAUGCGUUGGAGAAGAUGGCUCAGAACAACGUUUAACUGAAAGCUUGUCAUUGAUUGAUGCAGUUAUGCCUGAAAUUGUAGCUAGUCGACAGAGUCAAAAUCAACAGAAACAAAUUGUGGUAAAAAAUGAUACACAAGAAACCAAUGGUGAAGAAGGCACAGCUACUGUAACUCCAGCUGUAACUAGCACUGAAACAAUGGAACUCGAUAGCAGUAUUGAAAUUCCUGCUGAAAAAUCUACCAUUCUUAAGGGUCAUGAGUCUGAAGUUUUUAUUUGUGCUUGGAAUCCAACUACUGAUUUACUUGCUUCUGGAUCAGGAGAUAGCACAGCUCGUAUCUGGGAUAUGGCUGACAGUUCUGGUUCUCCUUCUCAACUUAUAUUAAGGCAUUGUAUCCAAAAAGGAGGAACUGAAGUACCCAGUAAUAAAGAUGUUACUUCUCUUGAUUGGAAUUGUGAUGGAACUCUAUUAGCUACAGGUUCAUAUGAUGGAUAUGCUCGGAUUUGGAUGACAGAUGGUAGAAUAUCAAGUACUCUGGGUCAACAUAAGGGCCCAAUAUUUGCUUUAAAAUGGAAUAAAAGGGGAAAUUAUAUACUUAGUGCUGGAGUAGAUAAAACUACUAUUAUUUGGGAUGCUGCUUCAGGUCAAUGUAACCAACAAUUUGCAUUUCACACAGCACCUGCAUUAGAUGUUGAUUGGCAGACCAACAGUAGUUUUGCAUCAUGCAGUACUGAUCAAUGUAUACAUGUUUGUCGUUUAGGCGUUGAUCGUCCUAUUAAAUCAUUUCAAGGACAUACCAAUGAAGUUAAUGCUAUAAAAUGGGAUCCUCAAGGAAAUCUUCUUGCUUCUUGCUCUGAUGAUAUGACCUUGAAGAUAUGGUCAAUGAAACAAGAUACUUGUGUGCAUGAUUUGCAAGCACAUAACAAAGAAAUAUAUACAAUAAAAUGGAGUCCAACAGGGCCUGGUACAGCUAAUCCAAAUAUGAAUCUCAUACUUGCUAGUGCUUCAUUUGAUUCAACUGUUCGCUUGUGGGAUGUUGACCGUGGUAUAUGCAUCCACACACUAACCAAGCAUACUGAACCUGUCUACAGUGUAGCCUUUUCACCUGAUGGAAAGUUUUUGGCAUCUGGUAGUUUUGAUAAAUGCGUUCAUAUAUGGUCAACACAUAGUGGUCAGUUAGUUCAUAGUUAUAAAGGAACUGGUGGCAUAUUUGAAGUUUGCUGGAAUUCUCGGGGUGACAAAGUUGGUGCAAGUGCAUCUGAUGGUAGUGUAUUUGUUUUGGACCUACGGAAACUUUAAUUCUUCUUACUUUUAAGUUAUACCUACUUUGGAUAUAAUUUUCCAUUUGUUUAGUAAACAAGUGAAAAAUUACAGUUAAGUUAAUCAUUUUUAUAAGUUUAUAACUAUGAUAUUGUAUCAAAAACUGGAUACAUUCUUUACAUUAAUAUAUAUUACAUUUUGAACACACA